GAUUAAGGAAACAGUCGAUCUGUCAAGGAAAUAAACAACGCUUUCUGGCAUCGGAAAUAACGCCAGCUAGCUACAAUUAAAAUGAAGACAUAGUUAGCUAUACUUUCUUCUAUCUGAAACUGACACAAAAGUAUAACAUGGUUCACUGUCUGAAGUAGAACUAGCUGCCUGGAUUACUCAUUUAUCCCAUUUGUAAAAUGGAAUGUAUUCCAGUUUAUCUGGAGAGCCUGAAGCAAGGACUGCAAAUUGAUGUCUUGAGGGAAAUUGGACGUCAAUAUCCUGUCUUUUGCUUUCUUCUGGUUUUCAUGCUGUCAUUAACUAUACUUCUUAAUAGGUAUCUUCACAUUCUGAUGGUGUUUUGGUCCUUCCUGGCUGGAGUGAUUACGUUCUAUUGCUCCCUCGGUCCAGAAUCACUCCUGCCCAACAUCCUGUACACCAUAAAGCCCAAGAACAAACAAGAGCAACAGGAGCUGUUUCCAUUGGGACACAGCUGUGCAGUGUGUGGGAAAGUAAAGUGCAAACGUCACAGACCAACAUUACUCCUAGAAAACUAUCAGCCAUGGUUGGACUUGAAAGUCUACUCCAAAGUGGAUGCUUCCGUGUCUGAGGUGCUCGAGUUGGUUCUGGAGAAUUUUGUAUAUCCCUGGUACCGGAACAUCACAGAUGAUGAGGCAUGUGUAGAUGAACUGAGAAUGACCUUUCGGUUCUUUGCAUCUGUGUUAGUUCGACGCGCUCAGAAGGUGAUGCAUAGCUCUCAGUCGAUUCAAGUUGAUGUCCCCUCAGUUAUUUCUGGCAAAAUGAUGAAAGCAGCUAUGAAGCACGUUGAAAUAAUUGCAAAGGCCAAGCAAAAAGUGAAGAACACUGAGGGAUUGCAGCAGGCUGCUCUGGUUGAGUAUGGCCCUGACUUACAUUUUGCCCUGCAUAGUCGCAAAGAUGAGCUGCGUUAUCUCAGGAAGGUGACAAAGAUGCUAUUUGCCUAUCUCAUGCCUCCCAAAGCCACUGACUGCAGAUCUCUAGCUGUGCUGAUGCAAGAGAUCCUGGUAGGCUCUGUGUUCCUCCCCAUCAUGGACUUCAUGGCUGAUCCUGAUACUGUGAACCACAUGGUGCUAAUAUUCGUUGAUGACACUCCAUCUGAGCCAGCCAUGGAGCCACCAUCUAGCCUGGUUCCAUUCCUGCAGAAAUACGCUGACCCUCGUACCAAGAAGACAUCUGUGCUGAAGCUGGAGCUGAAGGAGAUUCGGGAGCAGCAGGACCUUCUGUUCCGCUUCAUGAACUUCCUAAAGCAGGAGGGAGCCGUGCACGUGCUCCAGUUCUUACUCACCGUGGAGGAGUUCAAUGAUAAGAUCCUGUGUCCAGAGCUGAGUGAAGCUGAGCUGCAGCGUCUGCAUGGUGAGGUGCAGCACGUCUACGAUACCUACUGCUUGGAGGAGAGUAUCGACAAGAUCAGUUUUGACCGGUUCAUCGUUGAGGAAAUACGAAACAUUGCAGAGGGGCCGUACGAGGGAGUGGUGAAGCUACAGACUAUGCGCUGCCUGUUUGAGGCCUACGAGCAUGUCCUGUCCCUGCUGGAGAGUGUCUUCACCCCCAUGUUCUGCCACAGCGAUGGGUAUUUCAGAUACCUGCUGAUGGGGGCAGAGUCUCCAAAAAGGGACUCCAGAAUGAACAGGAAUAGUCUGAGUGUGGAUGAUAUGAGGAACGUCUCAAAACGAGGGGAGACGUUUGGGAUCAGCCGGAUCGGCAGCAAAAUCAAAGGCGUCUUCAAGAGCACCACCAUGGAGGGGGCGAUGCUGCCGUACUCCAUGGUCGAUGCUGAAGAUGAAGCGGUUGAGGAAGCGACUAUGGUGAUGGAGGAUGACUCCCCUGUGGAGGCAGCUAGUACUCCAGGAGUCAUGAGGAACUUGUCAGCCUGGAGCAUCACCAUCCCCUACAUUGACUUCUACGAUGACGAGGUGAAGAAGGAGAGGGUCCCCGUGUUCUGCAUCGACGUGGAACGCAAUGACAUGAAGGAAGUGGGACAUGAAAGAGAGGACUGGUCCAUCUUCAGACGAUACAUGGAAUUCUACGUUCUAGAAAAUAAACUCACAGAAUUCCACGGCUCAUUUGCAGAUGCACAGCUCCCUUCGAAAAGAAUUAUAGGACCAAAGAACUAUGAGUUCCUAUCAUCAAAGAGGGAAGAAUUUGAGGAGUAUUUGCAGAGACUGCUGCAGCACCCAGAGUUGAGUAACAGUCAGCUGUUGGCAGACUUCCUGUCACCUCACAGCAUGGAGACUCAGUUCAUGGACAAGAUGAUGCCUGAUGUAAACCUGGGUAAAAUAUUCAGGUCUGUCCCUGGAAAAAUUAUAAAAGAGAAAGGACAGAACCUAGAGCCUUUCAUCCAGUCCUUCUUCAACUCUUGUGAAUCUCCCAAAGUCAAACCCAGCAGGCCUGAGCUGACCACCCUCAGCUCUACUGCUGAGUACAACAAGCUCUCCAAUGACCUCUACAAAAACAAUGCUAAUCUGUUUGAGACUCUGGAGACACACAACCGGAACUACUUUAUGGAGAUGAUCUCGGUAGAAGGGAUGUAUGACUACAUGAUGUUUAUGGGUCGAGUCGUGUUCCACAUGCCAGACUGGUUGCAUCACAUCCUGUCAGGGGGGCGGAUCUUGCUCAAGAACACAUUUGAGGCCUACAUGGAUAGCUACAUUCAACACAAACUAGAGAUGAUCCUGCAGGAGCACCGUGUGGUGUCUCUCGUCACCAUGCUCAGAGAUGCUGUGUUCUGCGAGAACAGUGAGGAACGCACGACAGGAGACAAGCAGAGAAGAGCCAAGAAGGCAUUUGAAGAGAUGAUUAAUUAUCUGCCAGACUUUAUGGAAAAGUGCAUUGGACAGGAGGCCAAGUACGAGGGCAUCCGACUUCUCUUUGACGGCUUCCAGCAGCCACUUCUCAACAAGCAGAUGACGUACGUUCUGAUGGAUAUUGCUGUCGAAGAACUGUUUCCAGAACUCGGCAAGAAGGGACAAGGGGAGCAGUCGGCAGACAGUAACCAGUGAAUUUAGAAAACAGCUUGCUUCCUUUUCCUGGAGCCAAAGUGCAAUACAGCAAAUUCCAAUGUCUCUGUGAGCAUAUAUCAACAUUCCAAUGUAUAAUAAUGCAUUAAUAAAAAUAUAUUUAUAGAUUGUA